AAAUUCGAGUCUUCUUUAAUCAAAACACCAUCAAACAAUAAUAGUAUUGAAAUAGCAUCUAUUGGCACACAAUCAUCUUAUCCAGAACUUCGAGAUCUAGUGAUUGUUGCCGGGCAUGCGAUAUUUAUAGGAAAUAAUUUUGAUAAAAUAAAUCGUGAUGAAGGAUGGAUAUUAGAAGAGUUUCAGAAAGGGGGGGGACAUGUAAAAACAUUUAUAGAGCAUAUUAGAAAAGGAGUAGAAUUGGUAGUAGAUAAUAAAGAAGCUUUGUUAAUAUUUAGUGGAGGACAAACUAGGCCUUCCGCUGGUCCGAGAAGUGAGGCGCAAAGUUAUUGGGAAAUUGCACGUUCGCUUGAUGUGUUUCCAAAAGACUAUUUGAAUAUUAUCACAGAAGAAUAUGCUCGUGAUUCAUAUGAAAAUUUGGCAUUCUCUAUUUGUCGUUUUCAUGAAUUCACGGGACGCUACCCAAGGAAUAUAACCGUCGUAGGAUUUCAAUUUAAACAAAGAAGAUUUAUCGAGUUACAUCGAGCUGCUUUAAAGUUUCCAAUAGAAAGAUUUAAUUAUGUGGGAAUUGAUCUCGAUGAUAAAGUAUUGUUCGAUAAGGCUUUUUAUCAAUUUCAAGAGGACUUGUACGGAUGUCAUGGAAAACUUCGGCAAAAAAAGCUACACAGGAAUCCAUUUAGGAGGAGUCAUCCUUACAUUCAAAGCUGUCCGAAUAUUUCGCAUUUGUUAAAUUUUUGCCCUAGAAACAGUACUUUAUUAUACCCCAGGAAGUUGCCCUGGGAAACAACCAAGGAAUAA